CGAGGCUGUGAGCAGCCACAGUGCCCUGCUCAGAAGCCCGGGGCUCGUCAGUCAAGCUGGUUCUCGGCUCUCACUCGGCAGCACAGGCAGGCGAGUGGCCCUUAGUUCCAGGAGCAGAGCAGCAGAGCCCCAGUCCUGGUCCUCCAGCCCCAAGCCUCGCCUGCCCGCCCAGCGCCAGGAUGGCCACCAUCACCUGCACCCGCUUCACGGAAGAGUACCAGCUCUUCGAGGAACUGGGAAAGGGAGCGUUCUCAGUGGUGCGCAGGUGCGUGAAGGUGCUGGCUGGCCAGGAGUAUGCUGCUAAGAUCAUCAACACCAAGAAGCUCUCGGCCAGAGAUCAUCAGAAGCUGGAACGCGAAGCCCGCAUCUGCCGCCUGCUGAAGCACCCCAACAUCGUCCGGCUCCACGACAGCAUCUCCGAGGAGGGACACCAUUACCUGAUCUUCGACCUGGUUACCGGUGGGGAACUGUUUGAGGACAUCGUGGCCCGGGAGUAUUACAGUGAGGCCGAUGCUAGUCACUGUAUCCAGCAGAUCCUGGAGGCCGUUCUCCACUGCCAUCAGAUGGGUGUGGUGCACCGGGACCUGAAGCCGGAGAAUCUGUUGCUGGCCUCCAAGCUCAAGGGCGCCGCGGUGAAGCUGGCAGACUUCGGCCUGGCCAUAGAAGUGGAAGGGGAGCAGCAGGCAUGGUUUGGGUUUGCCGGAACGCCGGGAUACCUCUCCCCAGAAGUGCUGCGGAAGGACCCAUAUGGCAAGCCUGUGGACCUGUGGGCCUGUGGGGUUAUCCUCUACAUCCUGCUUGUUGGGUAUCCUCCAUUCUGGGAUGAGGACCAGCACCGCCUCUACCAGCAGAUCAAAGCUGGUGCCUAUGAUUUCCCGUCACCAGAAUGGGACACGGUCACCCCGGAAGCCAAGGAUCUAAUCAAUAAGAUGUUGACCAUCAACCCAUCCAAACGCAUCACGGCCGCCGAGGCCCUCAAGCACCCCUGGAUCUCGCAUCGGUCCACUGUGGCCUCCUGCAUGCACAGACAGGAGACCGUGGACUGCCUGAAGAAGUUCAACGCCAGGAGAAAACUGAAGGGAGCCAUCCUCACCACCAUGCUGGCCACCAGGAACUUCUCUGGAGGGAAGAGUGGAGGAAACAAGAAGAAUGAUGGUGUGAAGAAAAGAAAGUCCAGUUCCAGCGUUCAGUUAAUGGAAUCUUCCGAGAGUACCAACACCACCAUCGAGGAUGAAGACACCAAAGUGCGGAAACAGGAGAUUAUUAAAGUGACAGAGCAGCUGAUUGAAGCCAUAAGCAAUGGAGAUUUUGAGUCCUACACGAAGAUGUGUGACCCUGGGAUGACGGCCUUCGAACCCGAGGCCCUGGGGAACCUGGUCGAGGGCCUGGACUUCCAUCGAUUCUAUUUUGAAAACCUGUGGUCUCGGAACAGCAAGCCCGUGCACACCACCAUCCUGAACCCCCAUAUCCAUCUGAUGGGCGACGAGUCAGCCUGCAUUGCCUACAUCCGCAUCACACAGUACCUGGAUGCAGGCGGCAUCCCCCGCACGGCCCAGUCGGAGGAGACCCGUGUCUGGCACCGCCGGGACGGCAAAUGGCAGAUCGUCCACUUCCACAGAUCUGGGGCGCCCUCCGUCCUGCCCCACUGAAGGACCAGGCCGGGGGCCCUGGACCGCAGAGAUUUACUCUUCAUUCAUGGAAUGUGGCUGCUGGUUCUCCCACUCGGAUUUUGCUGGAAUUCCCCCAAUCACGUCACCUCACUACCACCACCAUCACCAUCACCGUCAGAGCUACGUCAAAAAAAAUCCUGCCUGCUCACAAAAGCUAUCACGACUUCCGAGCAAAUGGCACAUCUCCCUGCCACCCCCUGUCCCUUUCGCUCUGUGUCACCUGCCAGGGCAGGUCCUCCUCAGGACUGGGUGCCCCCGAGGGUGGUAUGGGGGGGGCUCCCCUCUGGGUGCUGGCUCCGAGGGCUCCCCCUCCUGGCUGUCGUCGGCCUGGUCUUACCUUGGCUGUAGGCCAGAAUGCCCAGCUGUGUGUCCCCCCAGCCGCUGAGGAGAAGGAGGGGCGGAAUCAGGAGGAAUGUGGCAUCCGCCCCCCAUCUCCCUGUCUCUCCCUUCCAGGGUCCCCCUAGCCCCGUGAGCUAGCCUCCCCUGUGGGAGAGGGUGAGAGAGGCGCCGACGCCAGGAGCCCCCACCUCACACUGCCUCCCUAGCUCCUCCUUCUCCAGUCCUGCUCGUCCUCCUGUCCAUGCGGACCCUUCUCCCUCCGUGUGUGGAGUGCGAUCCUCUCAGGGUGCCCCCACUCUUUCCUUCUGCCUUCGGCUGAUGUUUACCUCCAACAGUAACGCCCAUUCCACCCUUCCACCAGUCCCGGAGAAUUCCAGCUUCAUCCCCCCAGAGGGAGAGAAUCUGAUUGCUUUUUUGGGGCAAAGAAGGCACGUUUAGGUACCACUCCUACUUGGACCGCAUGCCUUUUUAUAGCCAAACUCCUGUGUGUUUCGUAAAUGGAUUUUGCGUUCAUGGAUAUUUAUGUAAUAACUAAACCUCUCAAAUUAUUGUGAGGAGGGUCGGGCCGGGUUGGGAAGGGGUGUGGGAAGAGGGGUGAGGGGUAGAUUUUUUCUGUUCUAGGUCUUUUUUUCUUCUUCUUCUUUUUUUUUUUUUGUGGUUUUUUUGUUUUGUUUUUUUGGUUUGUUUUGUUUUUGUUUUCAUGUCAUCUCUGAGAUUCACUCUGUCACCUGUGGUUAUCUGGGUCCGAGGUGGACUCAGGCCUGGGUGGGGUGGAGCGCCUCGCUGACAUUUUGGUCCCAAGGUUCCUUUCAGGACUCUAGAAACACCAGAUGUUAGUGCUAAGAAACAGCAAAUCAGGGCAGAGAGAGUGGGGGAGGUUGUCAGGACAGAAAUAUCUUUUUUUUUUUUUUUUGCUUGCCUCCCAAACUGAAGUUCCUACUAGGACGCUUCCCAACUUCCCAGGAUUUCAUCCCACCGCAUCCGUGUGUGCCCCCCCACACUCCCCAGACUUUGGGGGUUCACGAGCAUGUGUCUUCAUUGCCUCUCCCCUCCUCAUCUGCUGGUUCAAGCAGAGCACUGGAAUUUCUCCUCUUCACACCUCGUCCUGCAGCCAUGGGUUCGAAUCUCUUUCUUUUCUUUUCUCUUUCCCUCUUCCCCGGGAUUGACUCUGAUGUGGAAUGCCUUGGCACGUCCACUAGGAUCUACUGUCUGCACUGUUUUCUUUGCAUGACUUUAUAUGCAGUAAGUAUGUUCAAAAAAAAAAAAAAAAGAAAAGAAGAAAAACAUUCAGCAAAACCAAUCUACAUGUUUU